ACAGAGCACGAUAAAAGCUGUAGCCUCAGACUGUUGUUAUGUAAAGUAUAUAUAUUUUUUCCUCUUUUCCGCUCUAAGUUACACUGGACAUCUCACUGAAAGCAGACAGAGCCCAACAGACUUGACCAUGGUUGUAUAUGUGGUUUCAGCCAUGAAGAAGGUACUGAUUGUAUACGCCCACCAGAGUGCUGGGUCGUUUAACGCUGCAGCCAAAGAUGCGGCGGUUGAGGUCCUGAGGGCUCAGGGGUGUCAGGUGGAGGUGUCUGACCUCUACGCCAUGAAGUUUAACCCUUCUGCUACGGCUGAUGACAUCACUGGAGAGGUGAAGGAUGCUGAGCACUUCCAUUAUGGAGAGGAGACCAUGCUGGCAUGGAAGGAGGGACGGCUCUCUGCUGACCUCACUGAGGAACAACGCAAACUCUCUGCUGCAGAUGUUGUCAUAUUCCAGUUCCCCAUGUACUGGUUCACUGUUCCUGCCAUUAUGAAGGGCUGGAUUGACCGGGUUCUCACAAUGGGCUUUGCCUACACCUCAGAACAGAGGUACAGUCAAGGUAUUUUCAAGGAGAAGAAAGUCAUGCUGUCUUUCACAACUGGAUCCUCUGAGUCCAUGUUCAGUUCCAAUGGCAUCAACGGAGACAUAAACAUCACCUUGUGGCCACUGCAGAAUGGUGUCCUGCACUACUGUGGCUUCCAGGUUCUGGCUCCACAGAUCUUCUGGGCUCCUCAUCACAUCUCUUCUGAGGCUCGUUCUACCAUGCUGGAGGCAUGGCGCACACGACUACAAGGGCUUCUGGGAGAGAUGCCUCUCUCCUUCACCCCCUCAGACAGCUUUGAUUGUGAGCGGGGCUUCCAGCUCAAAGAGGUUAUUGAGGAGAAGCACAAGUCUGAAGCCUUUGGCCUGACAGUUGGCACUCACCUUGGCAAACGCAUCCCUCCCAACAGCCAGAUCAAAGCUGGGGUGUAAUGGGAAAUCUGUUUCAAAUCAACUGUUCCUGUUUUGUUUCAGCAUUUGCUUCUAGAAAUAAACAGGUGUUAAUAUCAA